AUGUCAAAUAUAGAGAGUCCGAGGUCAUCAAGGCCUUUCGGUGACAGUGCUUCUGCACUUACACGCCAGUUUGGACUAGUAUUUUCAAACCUUCAGAACGCACCUGAUGACCGCCCCCGUCGUGUAGAGGAGUGCCUUUCCGCGCUGCUCGAUAUCCUCGUGGCGCAUGCACUGGAGCUGAGUGAACAUUGUUUGAUCGACUAUAUUUUCCAACUGUUGUGCGACACUUUCGGUGUUUCAAUUAGCAAAGGGGUCAAAUCUCUUCGUGUCGUGUUUGAUGUACAUUUGGGGGACCCACACGAAUUGAGGUGUAGAUGUUUUACUCUUCUCGUACGGAAGGUUUGUGAGACAACAAACGAGGCGGAUUGCAACACCAUUUUGCAGGAAAUGGGAGAGGUGCUAAGGGAAAAUGUGCGCUCCACAUCUGACCUUCUUGGGAAGCAUUUUGGGCGAGCCAUUACCACAAUGCAGUCCAGCUCGGUUACUCGUGCUAAGGCUGUAGGUUGCCAAACGGUUGCCACCAUGGUGGAUGCAGGGGCUGUGGUGAUCAAGCGGAGUCCUGCUCUUUUGGACCUGCUGAACACACCCUGCUCGCCACCUUGUCUCAUACACGAAAUCAUGGAAAGUAACGAUAAUUGGCACCGCCAAGCACUAACACGUCUCCUUGUUAACAUCGCGGAAAGUCACUGUAUUGAGGUGACCGCCUCAAUGGCGGAGCAGAUGGCCAGCACCAUGACGUCUCACUUAUCGUCAGCAACUGAGGAAAAACACAUAACCGGACUCUUAACGGUAAUUGACGCAAUAUCGGCAUCUUCUACUUUGCAGACUGUGCCGUGGUCGCUAGAAGCUGUUGCUUCCUUCGUGGUGCAACGUGACUGGAGGGUAUACACCGAGGACGUUCGUGUUAGGGCCGCACGCGCAACGGGAAAAAUUCUUCCCCUUUUAGUCAAGGACGAAAAAUUGUACGAUUUGGUCAUGAAAAAUCUUUUGUCCUACAUCUCUGGUGGCGACGAGGCUGUUGCCUUAAGCGCACUCACCACUUUUAGAAGUGUUAUCAAAUCCCUCAAUAAUAUCGAGUCGCAUGCAGUGCUCACUGUCGACGCUGUGAGUGACUUCAUAGCGAAAUCUCCUUUUAAUCAACUAGCUUUUGAAAUACUUGACUAUUUGCGAACUCAAUGUGGAGAGCAAUGUGUUUUUGGGGUGUAUGAUUUGCUUGAGCGAGCCGAUGUGCUCAACAGCGUCGAGAAGGUUGCUGCACUUCUUCAUUUCAUGGGGAAUCGCGCCCCAUCCAAUGUGGAUUGGCUCGAAGAGUGCAAUAUUGAUCUCUCACCCGAUAGUGACGUCGAUGUCUUGGUGCGAUCCCUCUCUUUCCUCGAAACACUACGAUACACUGAGGCACUUGAGAGCGCGGUUGGUCUUGUAUUUCACAAACACACUGAUGUCAGACGUGCGGCUGUCGGCACAGUCGUUAGUCUUUGUGAGGUUCUUCUGUCUCCCGACAAGGGGGGAAGUUGCCAAGGGAGCCAUGUAGACGCCACUAUUACGCAACUGAACAGUAGGGUUAAAAUUGCCGUAGAGAGCCUGCUUGACGUUGCGGUGACGGACAGGCAAAUGGAAAUACGCUACUAUACUCUGAAAAGGCUCUCGCCCGUGUUUGAGCCAUAUCUCGUCCAACUGGACAACAUAGAUGCUUUAUUUAUGUCCCGUAAUGACGUCUGCCGUGGUGUGCGGGAUCAGGCCAUGUUGUUACUGUACAGACUCCAUUCUUUACAGCCUGACAUUUUGCAUGCACAGUUGUUGCAGCUUCAAGAGUACAUGUUGCGAGAGAUUGAUGUAAAGGAUGGCUCUAUCUCCUCGACAGUUUAUCACGCCUUUCUCCUGCAAAUGGCGGCGGAAAAUGGAACGAUACUUCUGUCCCCUAGUACAGUUGAGACAUCAGUGUUAAGAAGACUAGAAAAACAGCCGUUUGUCUCAAAGAGUCUUUCUGUUGCACUGUUGAAUCUGUUGAGAGCCGUUCUGGAUCAUUCUGGUCCACGGAACCAUUGUGAUGCGAAACAACUUAUUCAGCCUGUUCUUGCCAUUGUUAAUGGGAGUACUUCGUCGACUCGGCGGAAGGCUGCAAUUGAGGCACUUUGCUCAAUUUUGGCCACUGUUCCCAUUACUGAGCAAUCUACCCAUGUGAGUGUAUACCGCGCGCUCUCACGGAUUAUACGUGGUGAAGCGGAGGAAAGUGAGGCUGUGAUUUACUCUGCCAUGAAGUGUCUGAGUGUCAUUGGAGCCGUCGACCCGACGAAGGCUAGAUACAUUGUGAAGGCACUACAAGAGGGUGAGAUAGCAGAGGAGGAAGAGGUUGCGACACCUGCAUUGGCCCUUUACAAGCCACGACUGCGUAUUCAUCUGCACAUGGACGAGCGAUAUCCGUGCAUCGUCCUCUACUUGUUAGUGAAAACCCUUCAGCAUUCUGCGGAUGUUGAACAACAAGCCAGUGUCAUUUCUGUCAUUCAUUCGAUGAUACAUGAGGUACCAGGAAGACAAAAGGCGAUGCUUCUCACACAGUUCCUACCACAACUGCAGGCUUGGCUUGCAGACCCCGAGAAGGUGCAUCUGUACGAAGUAAUUUUACUUUUAAUGUCUGACCUUGCCACUCUCUUGCAGCGGUUCAAAGACGUUAUCCCUGCAAGCACAGGAUUGGAACUUUUGAAGUCUGUCCGGCUUUUUUGUUUGCUUCCCCAGGCCUCACAAAAACCUCUCAAUGCAGGUGUGGUGGAGUUGCUAGAUCGAGUGGGUCGGGGACUGUCACCGGAGGAAAUGCGCGACCACCGAUGGGCUGUGGAGUUUAUCCAUCAGCGGCUCCUGCAGGAUAAGAGAGAUCUUGCUUUGGUUGUCCGCGCUGUGAAGUCACUCGACUCGUUCUUAGCCAUACUGCACGAGAGGGAUUUUCAGGUGUUGUUACCCCAUGUACUUGGGUGUAUUGAGCCAGCAGACGCAGCCACACCGAACGUACCCGGUCUAAAGAAGAAGGAGGUGAAUACGGCCUGCUUUGAGUUCCUCAACCAAAUCAUGGCGAAGCAACCUCUGCUCAUGAAGGAUUUUUGUUCGCAAAUCAUUCACACUAUUACUUGGUACAUUGAAGAAUCCGAUUGCCAAGAUGAGAUGGAGAUGGGUCUCCGUACGCUUGCAUUUCUUGUGGGCAUCGUGCAGCGCCCCGCAAGGCGUUUCAUUAAACCCAUACAGCGUCUUGUGCAGCAGUGUGGACUCCCGGAGGAUAUGUUCACUAAUUUGUUAAAGUCUGCAGCAGAUGGUUUGUUGAAGGCUCGUGCCCCCCUCAGUGGGCACGACAAUCUCAACCCUGAACUUCCCCUUACACUCGUUUCCGACCAGCCGUCGCUAUCAAAGGAGGACUUCCAGCAGGUGAUGAAAAGGGUCCUGCGACUGGGGGAUCAUGACUUUGAAGUUAUAUCCGUAACACACUCGGAGGGCAACACCGUCGUCUACUUUCGCUUCGUUCAGGGUGAGGAUUUGCUUCUUAACUUUCGUUCGUUCACGAGCAAGGCACAGGAAUCUCAGUCCACCUUGAGUCGAAACUUGGGCAUACUAAAGCUGGUCCAAAAUGCCAUGAGUUACUGUCAGGUUGAUGACAGCUUACUCGAGAACAUAUCCAGGAUGCCAGUGGCUAACAAGAAGAAACGUGAACAAUCGUGGAUGGCUUGGCUGCAUAACACUUCCGUUGUGAUGCUCAAAAAUUCUCCCAUUCAGCCGCUGCGGUGCACAGCACAGCUCGCUGCGGACAAUACCGGUCUUUCACGCGAUCUCUUUCCCUUUGCUGCUGCUGCGUUUAUUGGGAAACUAAACGCGCAACAACAAGAGGUUAUAAUUAAAGCCUUUACACGUGCUCUAGAGGUUUCUCCCAACGACAUCAAGCAGGCAAUUUUUGACUUCGCUGAGUUUAUUGAGUCGGAGCGCGGUAAGUUAAAUCCUGAAAUGAUACUCUUGGUGGAAAAGCUAACUUUUGUUGUGGAAAGGGAUAACGAAGAGCGCAAGUUCGGCAUUAACUACGAUGAAGUAAGUGGGGACGUUGUAGUGUCGCACCUGGAGCCUGGCGGUCCCGGAGCUCUAGCAGGUGUCCCUGUUGGCGCUCGACUGUUGGCUCUUAACGGCAAGAGAUUAGUUACAACUCACGAGGUUGUUGGUGCUGUUAAGGGGCUUAACCGGAUUGAGUUAACAUUGGAAUGCCCCAAUGGAGGGAAGCGAGGACUUUCCUUCGACUGCUUGAUGGAUAUUGAUGUGUUAGCACGUGUGGCUUUGAAUUCUAAGAUGUACGCCAGAGCCAUAUUCUUGAAUGAGAUCCUCUUUGCUCAACUUCUGAGCGAACUGAGUGGUCAGGUUUCUGAUCGGCAGAAUGCUGCAGUGCGGCACGCAUUAGAGGUGGCGGAGCGCCUGAUCGAGUUCUACAACCACUUGGGGCUUACAAUGGUCGCGAAGGGUCUCGUUAAGAAGAUGUCGGAGAAGUUCUCCAGCAAUAUUAUCGCUCCAGAGCAGUUUGGGUUCGAUGAGGUUGGAGCUCUGGAGCAGUUAAAUUGGUGGGGUGAAGCACUCUCUCGCUACAAGUCUCGAAUGAAUGUUGCAGAUGGUACCCUCGACACUUCGGCGUUCCUGGGUGCUCUACGAUGUUACGAUGCUCUGGGUGAGACCAUCACCAUGCAGGAGCUCAUCGCGACAAACUGGGAGUUACUGGACAGAGAUGCGCAACUUGAGGUGGCUCCACUCAAGGCCAAAGCUGCUCUCUGGUUGGGUAGGUGGGAUGAGUUUGAUGAAGUUGUUGGGCAGCCUGGUGUGAUGGAACGCUUAGAUAUGGUUGAGCGUUGUGCUUCCCUCUUCCGGCAGAAACAUUACGGAGAGCUUCUGGAUUAUGUAGAUGAGCAUAGAAAGUCACUUUUUGAUUCAUUCUUCGAGUCGUUCACAGAAAGCUACAAUCGCUCUUACGAUACACUGGUGGAGCUACAGCACGUGCGACACUUUGAGGAGCUUGUGUCAUUUGUAAAAUCAGGAAGUGAACGGCGAAAGAUGUUAAGGGAAUUGUGGCAUAAACGCGUCACCCUCAUGUCCUCUCGACCAGCGCAUAUAAAGACACUCAUCACCAUUAAUUCAUUGGUGCUUUCACCCCAGGAAGAUUUGCCAUCGCAGGUCGUUUGCGUGCGUGCUUUAACUAAGCAUCACUGGACGUCACUAGCUGACCAUACGCUAAGCACUUUACUUCACCCUAACGGCUUAAACACACGGUUGGCCAAUUUAGACCCUGAUGUAAUUCAUGUGUACAUGAAGCACUGUUAUGUCACCAGAGGGAAGCAGGAGACUUACACCUUACUCUCCGAUAUACUUAAUAAUGUACAGUUAACUGCAACUAGUAACCGUGCCGAGGCGUGGGGGUGCUGUUGGUUGUUGCUCGGUGAGUGGACGGUUCAACUCUUCCCUGAUUGCGGAACUAAGGCAAUUGAGACACUGAGGACUGCAACGCAACUUUGUCCAGAAAACUGUGCUGCAUUUCACUCCCUUGGAAUUUUACACUACGACUUGUCCCGUGAUCCCAAUACAUCGCAAGAGACUCAAACGAAGCAUCACAUCGAGUCAAUUACCGCGUUGUUCAAGGCCGUGGCUCUGUCUCGGAGGGAGAGCAAUGGUGUGAUGGAAGAUGUGCUUCGCAUUCUCUCAAUUUGGUUUUCGCACAGCACUGUGAAUGAGGUCAACGAAGCAAUUCAGGAGGGCAUCAAAAGUGUCCCGUGCUACGUGUGGCUGAACGUUAUUCCACAACUGGUUGCGCGUAUAGGCAUUACGGGAGCCAAGGCAAGGUCUAUUCUCACGGAUCUGCUUGUGAGUAUCGGCAGCAACUUCCCACAUGCUCUCCUAUAUCCACUUACUGUGACAGAGAAAUCACCCGAGGUCAUGCGGCGGCAGGCGGCUGAGCGUGUGCUUAAGGGUAUUCGGGUCACCAAUGGCCCUAUGGUGGAGGAGGCUUCACUAAUCAGCAACGAAAUGGUUCGAAUUGCUAUCUUAUGGACCGAAAAAUGGCACAACUGUAUUCAACUGGCAGCUGGGAAGCCAGAAAAUGUGUCAGAAAUCCGCAACAUCCUGCGUCCCCUCUACGAGGAGAUGAAGAAGGAGUCGACACCCAAUGAACAGCAUUUUGUGAAAGUUCACGGUUCAACCCUGCGGCGUGCCUGGGCAGCGCUACAGAAAGGGGAAUCGCAGGAGGCAUGGGUCCUCUUGAAGCAGGUUUACUGCGAACUGCACAAAGCAGUCGGAGAACGACGGCUUCAGAUGGAUGAUUUGUCCCCCACGCUUGUAAAGAUAAACAAAAGCAAUGUCCCGGUCCCUGGUACGUUUGUGUUAGGUCAGCAACUCAUUACGAUUCAGAAGUUUCAUUCUCGUGUUUAUGUUAUGCCGUCUAAGCAGCGGCCUCGGCGCUUCGGUGUAGACGGUUCAGAUGGGAGUAAAUAUCGGUUUCUUCUGAAAGGACACGAAGAUUUACGUCAGGAUGAGCGUGUCAUGCAGUUUAUUGAGUUGAUCAAUACCAUAUUCUCUUCGGACAGCUUAUCGAACGCAAUGGGCUUAAUCAUUCCCCAGUACGCUGUCAUUCCAUUAACCGAUAACGUGGGUAUUAUCGGGUGGGUGGAGAACACUGAAACGAUAUACAAGAUGCUAGAGCGGUGGCGGAAGGAUCACAAUAUUUCCAUCUAUAAAGAGGUGAGCAUGAUAGUGGAAAAGGGAAAGUUAGUCAACAUCACAGAGUAUCAUCAUCGGAACAAACAGGAGAGGAAGCAGCUACUAAGUCACGUUAUGGCCAGCACCCCUGAUGAUGAACUGCGGCGUAUUAUUUGGGACAAAAAUGAUACGUGCGAACAUUGGUUGCAGUACAGGGGGACUUACGGCCACACGUUGGCCAUAAUGUCGAUUGUGGGAUAUGUAUUAGGGUUGGGAGACAGGCAUCUCAAUAAUUUAAUGCUUCAGGAUAAGGGAUCUGUCGUCCACAUUGACUUUGGUGAUUGCUUUGAAGUGGCUAUGCACCGUUCGUUGUAUUCCGAGGCGGUGCCGUUUCGAUUAACUCGUUUGCUUGUUCCUGCUUUGGGUAUCACUGGUGUUGACGGCGUUUUUCGCUUGACAUGUGAACUGGUAAUGAAAAUCCUCCGGCGGCACUCGGAGAACCUCCUUUCAAUUCUUGAAGCAUUCAUUUACGAUCCGCUCAUCAACUGGCGUCUGACGACCGUUGCCGAAGGGGAGAAUUCCGCCUCGCUAUUGGAGGCCCCCGUGGCAGGCGGUGAAGCGAGCCCAUUUGCUGAACCAGAUGGCCUCAUCGAUGGCCCUCCGAUGCAGCUUUCGCGGUCAGUUUUGAAAGUUCGUGAGCAGGCACCUGGAACGACAUUAGAACAGACUGGUGAGGAAGAAACUCGUAACACGCAAGGGGACUUGGCUUUGGCCCGCGUCCGUGCGAAGCUGACGGGUGAAGAUUUUGCCGAUGGAUGCCACGUGGUUGCGGGGCAGCCGUCUCGACGGGAGGUUUCUGAAGAUCCAAACGAUCCCUUCUCCUGGUGGUCGCAGGGCCUUGCUGAGUCGUCCAGGGAUGUGUAUAUGACAGAUGGCAGAGCGCUUCCUUCAUGGUCAUCAUUCCGAACAGUUAAUAAUCAGGAAAACUUGCAGAACGUAGCGAGUCAAGUCGACCGUCUUAUUGAAGAAGCAACAAGUCUUGAUAAUCUUGCUGAGGCAUAUAUAACUGGUUGGGCACCGUUCUGGUAG